GUUGAGCAGUUUAAAAUGAUGACAAAAAAUACUUGAAUGUGUAAGUAAAGUAGUCAUGUAAAUGGGUUAUUGUGCUGCUCGUCAAGUGGGCUUAACAAUAAAAACUGUAUGUACAUGCAAAAUGUAAUAAGAAUGUUUCAAUAUAGUGAAAAUUAUCAUUUUGACGUUGGCUUAAUAAAAGUAGACUUUUAUUUAUUACGUUGAAAUUAAAUUUAUGUGUAUGCCCAAAUGUCAUUUGAUACAAUCGACUUUGUUCGUAUUAAGUUGUAUAGUUCAGAAAGAAAUUUAUUUCAACAGACUUAGGCUUGUUCUUUUAUAAUACAUGUAACCAAUAUAUUCAAAUGCUUGUCAAAAAUUGUUAUUCAACAAUAUAAAAUAUGAUUAUAUGGGGAUUUUUAAGCUGCAAAUAUGGUUGAUUUGUAACGCAUAGCUAUCUCGGGAUUGACAUUAAAUGAAUAAUAUACACACAUGACAAGAAAAGUACAUUCCACGAGCACAAUGACUUUUCACAUAUUAUGUAAUCGUUUUAUUCAUCGUUAUCAUUGAUUUAUAAACUACCUUGAUUGGUUUAAUAAUUUCGUAUAUGCAUAUAAAUAUUACUGUAUAUUAGAGUAAAGCCUGAUGAGGAUCUAAUCGAAAACAAUAUUGUUCGCUUAUAUAUGUUGUUCUAAAUUUACAUUAUGGGAAUAUUUCAAAUUUUGAAAUCACGUGGAGAUCCGAUUGCAUUUAAGGUGCUCAAUGAGUUCCUAAAGUUUAAUGCUCGUCUCACAGAAGCGAAAACAUCGUUGGAAUUUAUUAAUGAUUGUAUACGGACCGAGAGAUAUCCUAAAACAUAUUGGAAGUCUUUACGCCGGAACAAAAUUUAUCCGAAUGCUAGAACUCUUAAACGACAUGCACUUAACCAAACUGAUUCAUUAAAAUUACACAUAAACAAUCUUGAAAGAAAUCUUUCACAAUGAGAAUCUGUAGUCGAUAUCCUACCACGGGAAAUAAAAUAUCAAUUUAUUGAUUAUAAUAACAUGGUGACAAAAAGUAGAUCAGAAAAAUUGGGGACAAAACUAAUUCAAUCACUGGAACCUCAUAAACCUGAAAGAAAAUUUCCUCUUGACCCUGAGCGGUACGUUCAUAAUUUCUCUAGUGUUACGUUAGACACAGUGCAAGUAGAGGCUUUGUCGCUCGGCCCUAGAUUUUGUGACUAUGGAAAUAAAAUAAACCAACUCGAUACAGAUGUACAGUUUGAAAAUCUAUUUUCACAAACAACAGAUUUGGUGCCUACUUCUCAAGAUGAAGUUACUAGGUUUAAGACGACGUUGGUGGACAUCUGCCAACAAUACAAAAAUAGUAAAUGUACUGUAAAAGCUCCACUUACCAAACAGCACCGAGAUGCUUUGCAUAUGCUUAGAAAAGACAACACUCUGAUCAUAAGCAAACCGGACAAAGGAGGUGGACUAGUUCUUAUGAACAAAGCUGAUUACAUUAAUAAAAUGAACUCAAUUUUGAAUGAUCCGACUAAAUUUCAGAAACUCAACGACGUGAAGGACAUAAAUAUAAAGGCAGAAAAAUUGCUGACUAACUCUCUAAAAGAAUUGAAAAAUAAAGGUAUACUUACUCCUGACACACACGACUCACUCAAACCCACUGGAUCUAACACACCACGGCUAUAUAGUUUACCUAAAGUUCACAAAACUGGUCUUCCUCUUCGCCCAGUUUUAGAUAUGUAUAAUUCUCCAUAUCACAAAACUGCAAAGUGGCUAGUUCGAAUCCUAAAUCCAUUACAUAAACUAGUCGUCAACAGAAGUGUGAAAGACGUCUUCGAUUUCAUUUCUAAAGUGGAACAUAUGAAUGUAAAUGGGAAACGUAUGAUGUCUUUAGAUGUAGCUUCACUGUUUACCAAUGUGCCGUUAAUUGAGACCAUUGAUUUUGUGUGCCAACAACUACAGGAAAAACAAUUCAAUAUUGGAAUUCCUGAGGUUAGUCUUAAAGAAUUACUUUUGAAAUGCACAAUGAAUGUCUAUUUUGUCUUUAAUAACACAUAUUAUAGACAAAUUGAUGGUAUAGCGAUGGGUUCACCUCUAGGUCCCAUCCUUGCGGAUUUUUUUCUGGCUAAACUAGAAAACGGACCUCUCAAAGAGGUUAUCAAUGAGCUUGAUUUAUACUGUCGUUACGUUGAUGACACUUUCAUCAUUGCAGAUCAGAACAUUAGUAAAGAACAACUGCUAGAACGAUUUAAUAACAAACAUCAUGCAAUUAAAUUUACAUGUGAAGAGGAAAUGGAUAAUAAACUACAUUUCCUUGACGUUUUGUUAAGUAGAAAAGAAAAUGGUUCUAUCAGCAGAGGUGUGUAUAGAAAAAAUCUUUCCAGCCAAUACACACAUUUUUUAAGCUUUGUGCCUCUUCAUUAUAAGAGAAACUUAGUCAAAUGCUUAGCAAGUAGAGCCAUGAAGAUAUGCUCUGUUGACACAAUUGAAAUGGAAUUAGAGCAAAUUCAUAAUAGGUUGAUUGAAAUGGGUUAUCCACAGGGUUUCUUGAAGAAACACCUGCGUAUAACAAACAAGAAGAUAGUGACACUAACAGCUAAUAAGAAACCUCUUUUCUUGAAGCUGCAAUUCAAUGGUGAUGUAGCUGGUGAUGUAUUGCGUGAUAGACUGACUAGAGCAGUCAAGAGAACGUUUAAUGCUGCCAACCUCUGUCUAUCGUAUUCGACCCGAUCUAUGGUGAUUCCCCAACUGAAGGACAAGUUACCUGGUUACGCCACUUCUAUGUGUAUCUACGAAUUCAGCUGCUCCUGCGGAGAAAGCUAUAUUGGGCGCACAACCAGGCAACUGAACCAAAGAGUUAGUGAACACCUCCCAUCGUGGUUAGGAAAAGGUUACGUAAAGACAAUACGCAGCUCAGUUCUUUCACACUUAAUCGAUAGUGGUCAUGUAGUGGACAGAAAUAAGUCAUUUAAAGUUAUUUAUCGUAUUCCCACUAAUUUUCCCUAUGGUGUUCGAUCUCGUCUCUUACACAUAGCAGAAGCUAUAGGAAUUCGAGCCAACAAGCCGAGUCUUUGUGUUCAGAAGAAAUUUGUAACACCCUUAUCUCUCCCUUGGGCUUAAUAAAUGAAUUUAUUUAUUAUUUUCUUUUCAAACCUUCUCUUUGUUUAUUAAUUCUUCUUCACCCCCUCCUACUAUUUUAUUUUUAUUUUUUCACGGUUCAAUUAUCUGAACACUUCUCAUUACGUCAUCUUAUAAUAAUUUUUAUAAAUGUUAUCUCACUAUCUAUAUUUUUCUAAUCAUUGACCUAUUUCCGAUUAUGUAACGUUGAUUUGAGCCUUUAUUAUUCUUAUAAAAACUAGUACACCUGUCAUCACACUAUCUAUUUGUACUUUUCACAUAUUAUGUAAUCGUUUUAUUCAUCGUUAUCAUUGAUUUAUAAACUACCUUGAUUAGUUUAAUAAUUUCGAAUAUGCAUAUAAAUAUUACUGUAUAUUAGAGUAAAGCCUGAUGAGGAUCUAAUCGAAAACAAUAUUGUUCGCUUAUAUAUGUUGUUCUAAUCAACAAUUAUACAAAAUAUAUGCAUUCAAAACUC